GAAAAAAAAAAAAAAAAUUCUACUUUCGGUGUCCAUAAAGAACAACCCCACCAGUACAAUAACAUUCCUUUCCUCCCUUCUAAACCCACCCUCUUCUUCGUCUCCAAGUUUAGCAUCACCAUCUCCUUCUUGAUCACUUAGAAUUAAAAUUAAUCCCAAACAUCCCUCUCUAUAUAUAUUUGCAAACAACAUUACAUUGCCUAGCUCAAUCACCCAUUUCUAUACUUACAUAUAAAAGCAAUAUAUAUACCCUCAAAUAUCCAUUCUUAUCUUUUAGAGUUUAUACACAGAGAGACAGAGAUGGGUGCUCAUGAUUGGGGACCGGUGGUGGUGUCGGUGGUUUUGUUCAUCCUGCUGUCACCAGGGUUGCUGUUCCAGAUCCCGGCAAGGACGAGGGUAAUAGAGUUUGGCAGCAUGAGCACAAGUGGGAUUGCAAUCCUGGUUCAUGCCAUCCUAUACUUUUGCAUAAUCACUAUCUUGCUCAUUGCCGUUGGUAUUCACAUACAUUCUGAUUAAUAUUCCUAACUCUACAUAAACAAUAAUUUUCUUUCUUUAAAAGAGAUUGUGUGUGUCUCUCUCUCUCUUGAUGACCUGGCCUUCUGGUUCCUUCCCAUUUUCUUCUACUAAAUAAAAUUUCCGUUACCGGACUUGUAUUUUUUUAGAUCAUUGUAUUAAUGUUGGUUCAUGGCUUAAUUUGUGUUACAUGAAAUAUAUAAGAAACAUUAUUCUUGAAUAGUGUACCGAUUGAUGAA